AUCACUAGACAAAACAUGUGUAUUAGUAUGUGUAUCUAUCAAUUUGCAUUCCAUAAUCACAAACGUACCCUACGUUCCUAACCUUUUCUUCAACAAGGACAACCUUAUAAAGCAUCCUUUCACCUCAGGACUACACCGCACAGUUUUCGACCAUCUUUUAGAUUCUCAAAAUUGAAGCUCUUUUACGAGAGAGAAUGGCUUCUGGUAAACAGAACUUCCCCCCUCAGAAGCAAGACACACAACCUGGCAAAGAGUAUCUGAUGAAUCCACCACCCCAAUAUAGCAGUCCAGAUUACAAACCAUCAAAUAAACUUCAAGGGAAGGUAGCUGUAAUAACUGGAGGUGACUCUGGAAUUGGCAGAGCCGUGUGUAACUUGUUUUCGUUGGAGGGUGCUACUGUUAUCUUCACCUAUGUGAAGGAACAGGAAGAUAUAGAUGCCAAAGACACACUUGAAAUUAUCAGAAAAGCUAAGACUGCAGAUGCCAAAGAUCCAAUGGCUAUAGCUGUGGAUGUGGGUUAUGAAGUCAAUUGCAAAAGAGUGGUGGAUGAGGUGGUAGAUGCUUAUGGUCGCAUUGACAUUUUGGUCAACAAUGCAGCUGAGCAAUAUGAGAGUGAAUCAUUGGAAGAGAUCGAUGAAACUAGACUCGAGAGAGUGUUUCGCACUAAUAUCUUUUCUCAUUUCUUCAUGACCAAGCAUGCUGUGAAGCACAUGAAGGAAGGAAGCAGCAUUAUCAACACAACAUCAGUGAAUGCAUACAGGGGACAUGCAACACUAGUGGAUUACACGUCCACAAAGGGAGCCAUUGUGGCGUUUACAAGGGCCUUAGCACUUCAGCUUGUGAGUAAGGGAAUAAGAGUGAAUGGGGUUGCACCUGGACCGAUUUGGACUCCAUUAAUAGUAGCAACUAUGAAGGUGGAAGAAAUUGUUGAAUUUGGUUCAGAAGUACCAAUGAAAAGAGCAGGCCAACCUAUUGAAGUUGCUCCAUCUUAUGUCUUUCUUGCUAGCAACCAAUGCUCCUCUUACAUAACUGGCCAAGUUCUCCACCCCAAUGGUGGAACCAUUGUGAAUGCUUGAUGAGUUUUUCCAAAGAUAAUUGAUUCUCCUUGAUAGAGGUUGGUGUACGUUACAUUGACAAUCUCUAAAGGAGUUAAUAUGUAAGGAAGAAUUUACAUGUUUGGAUGAAGAUUGUAGUUGAAAGUAAGGCAUGUUUUGCUAUGAAACAUAUAGUGUAAAACUAAUAAAAAUGCUACUUGAAAUUGAGUGUAAGACUAUCUAUUGUAAUGUGGAUAGAUGUGGUCAUUGUAGAGCUCAAUUUCUCCGUAAUGAUUGUCUUAGCCACCAA